AUGUCCAGCGUAAGUACCACUUAUGGUAUAGCUUGCCUAGCUAACGAGGCAGCUCUCUCUGGCUCCCCCGCAAACCUGUAUGCCAUCUCCGCCCUCCUCAACACACACGACCGAUUGAUGGGUCUGGACCUGCCACACGGCGGUCACCUGUCCCACGGCUACCAGACUCCCACGAAGAAGAUUUCAUUCAUUUCAAAGUACUUUGAGACCCUGCCCUACCGCCUCGACGAGUCGACCGGCCUCAUCGACUACGAUGCCCUCGAGAAGCAAGCCCUCCUUUACCGCCCGAAGCUCAUCAUCGCUGGUACAUCAGCCUACAGCCGUCUCAUCGACUAUCCCCGCAUGCGCGAGAUCGCCGACAAUGCGGGUGCAUACCUCAUGAGUGACAUGGCCCAUAUCUCUGGUCUCGUCGCAGCUGGUGUUAUCCCCUCUCCGUUCAGCAACUCCGAUGUCGUGACAACAACCACACACAAGUCCCUCCGUGGCCCUCGUGGAGCCAUGAUUUUCUACCGCAAGGGCGUCCGCAGGACGGACAAGAAGGGCAACCCGGAGCUGUACGACCUCGAGGGUCCCAUCAAUGCGUCCGUGUUCCCCGGUCACCAGGGCGGCCCUCACAACCACACCAUCACUGCGCUGGCCGUGGCCCUCCAGCAGGCGCAGUCGCCGGAAUUCAAGACGUACCAGCAGACGGUCCUGGCCAAUGCUCAGGCUCUCGCCGAGCGUCUCGGCAACCCGCUCAACAGCGGCGGCCUCGGUUACAACAUCGUGUCCGGCGGCACGGACAACCACCUCGUUUUGGUUGAUCUGAAGAACCGCGGCGUGGAUGGUGCCCGCGUUGAGCGCGUGCUUGAGCUGUGCGGUGUCGCCAGCAACAAGAACACCGUCCCAGGGGACCGAUCGGCCCUGAAGCCCGGUGGUCUCCGCCUCGGCACACCCGCGAUGACCACCCGCGGGUUCCAGCCCGAGGACUUCCGCCGUGUCGCCGAUAUUGUCGACCGUGCAGUCACAAUCACACAGAAGCUGGACAAGUCCGCCAAGGAGAGCGCGGCGUCCAAGGGCGUCAAGAACCCCAACACGGUCAAGGCGUUCCUAGAGUACGUCGGUAAUGGCGAGGAGAUUUCAGAGAUUGUGCAGCUGCGGCAGGAGGUGGAGGAUUGGGCGGGCACCUUUAGUCUUCCAUGGGCCAAGGAGUAA